UCCCCGUUUCAGGUAGGUGUGCCAUUGUGCGUCUUCUUGACGGGACGUGACACUGUGGUCGGGACGCCUGUGUGCCCCCUGGGCGCCGCUCCGUGCUCUGGGAACGUGGGCCUGCCUUGGCCGCGUGGCUCCCCUCUCCUGAAAUGGAGCGUGCCGUGGGGUUGGGGAUGCUGGGCAGCCCCCUCUCCUGUCCCAAGCCGGUCAGCAGACGUCUGAUAAAACGGACCCUGAGUCACACCGAUGGUGGCGUCUGUGCAGGUGGCAGCGAGGGUUCCCUCCGUGCCCCUUGCUUGUCCGGCGUGCUGAGGCGCUGGGGGCAGAGGCCUGGGAUGCCAGGCGCCGGGGGGGUCAUGUCGUCGCUUCAGAUGUGCAGCUUAGAAGAAAGGUGAUCGUUUCGGUAACUUCUCCCCUGUGGGUACUGACCUGUGGUGACAUUUUGGCCCUUUUACCAGAUGCGCUCAUGGGCCAGGUGUGUGGGGUGUGGCCAGAGCCAAACACGAUGCAGUACAUGAGGUGAUGGGAGGCCCCUUGCCUUUGUGGCUCGGCGCUGGUAGGUCCCGUUGAGACGUGCCGCCUCCUGUCACGGGGGCUGCUCUGCUAGCUGUUGAGCUAACUCAAUUAUGUUACUGCCGAGCAGAUCUUAUGUUGUCUUUUCUUUGUUUUGCUGAUCAGACUUCGAGCGGAAGCAGGUGAAUCUGAUUUGUUUCACUUCCCAGGGUUAGAUUACCUGCCCCACAAGUUAAUCCCCGAAGGUGACCCCAGAUGACCCGCUCGCCUCCCAUGGUGUAGCGGUGUAGACCCCUGGCCCUGGGAGUGAGCUCCUCGAACCAGGGCCUGCCACAGAAUGGGCUCUCCUGGUUUGCGUGGCAUGAGGUCUUUGCUGUGGAGAGAGUGCCGCACACUGGCACCGCCCCCGCGUCUGCCUGUGGGCCUCCCGGUUGGUUAGCACCUUUGUUGGGACCCCGAGUGUGGCAGCAAGGGCGGGGGGACUCUGGUGCCUGGGGUGGAGUGGGACCAGGGGCCUGGGUGCCAGGCCGGCCCUGCUUCGUGCUCCAUGGAUGGGCUUCCCUUGGUGCGGAUUGUUCCGGAGGGUUCUGGAGGAUUCUGGAGGGCCCCGUGGGGCCCAGUGGAAGCCUCCAUGUCCUGGCAGACCUCCCUGCGUCCGCCCGUGGAGCCCAGGCCUGCUGGGCCACCGUCGCCCAGGGGGUUUUCAGUCUGUCCUGGGCUGCCCUGCAACCUGACGGCUGUCGUGAGUCCUGUCAAUGGGACCGCAGAGAGCACAUGGAGGACUUUGACAGUAAUGUGUGUGUUUUCUCUUUUGUCCACCAGACUUCAUGAGGAAAUAAUUGACUUUUAUAACUUCAUGUCCCCUUGUCCUGAAGAAGCAGCCAUGAGACGGGAGGUGGUGAAACGGAUCGAAACGGUGGUUAAGGACCUCUGGCCAGCGGCUGAUGUACAGAUAUUUGGCAGCUUUAGUACGGGCCUCUAUCUUCCAACGAGUGACAUCGACUUAGUGGUCUUUGGGAAGUGGGAGCGCCCUCCCCUGCAGCUGCUGGAGCAGGCGCUGCGGAAGCACAACGUGGCCGAGCCGUGCUCCAUCAAGGUCCUCGACAAAGCCACGGUUCCGAUAAUAAAGCUCACAGACCAGGAGACUGAAGUCAAAGUCGACAUCAGCUUUAACAUGGAGACCGGGGUCCGGGCAGCGGAGCUCAUCAAGAAUUACAUGAAGAAAUACUCGCUGCUGCCGUACUUGAUUUUAGUGCUGAAGCAGUUCCUCUUGCAGAGGGACCUGAACGAGGUUUUUACAGGCGGAAUCAGCUCAUACAGCCUCAUUUUAAUGGCCAUUAGCUUCCUGCAGUUGCAUCCAAGAAUUGAUGCCCGGAGAGCUGAUGAAAACCUUGGAAUGCUUCUUGUAGAAUUUUUUGAACUCUACGGAAGGAAUUUUAAUUACUUGAAAACUGGUAUUAGAAUAAAAGAAGGAGGUGCCUAUAUCGCCAAAGAAGAGAUCAUGAAAGCCAUGACCAGCGGGUACAGACCAUCGAUGCUGUGCAUUGAAGACCCUCUGCUGCCUGGAAAUGACGUGGGCCGCAGCUCCUACGGGGCCAUGCAGGUGAAGCAGGUUUUUGACUACGCCUACAUUGUUCUCAGUCAUGCUGUGUCGCCCCUCGCGAGGUCCUAUCCAAACAGAGACUCUGAAAGCACCCUGGGAAGGAUCAUCAAGGUCACUCAGGAGGUGAUCGACUACCGGCGGUGGAUCAAGGAGAAGUGGGGCGGCAAGGCCCCGCCCGCGCCGGAGCCUGACAACAGGAUUAAGGUAAAGGAGCGAGUGGGCGCGUGCGACGGGGACCCGCCGCAGCGCCGGGAGCCCGAGCCGCCCUGCAGCCAGCGCCUGACCCUGUCCCUGCCCAGCCCGCAGCUGCUGUCCUCAGGCUCCUCCACCUCCUCCGUGUCCUCGCUCUCGGGGAGCGACAUCGAUUCGGACACGCCGCCCUGCACAACGCCCAGCGUCUACCAGUUCAGCCUGCAGGCGCCGGCCCCCCUGCUGGCCGGCCUGCCCACCGCCCCUCCCGUGCCAGGUGGCAAAGCUCAGGCCGCUGCCUCCAGGACGCUGGUCAUGGCGACCACCACUCAGACCAGGUUUACGAUACCUCCACCGGCCCUCGGCGUGGCCCCUGUGGCCUGCAGGCAGGUUGGCGUCGAAGGAACUCCAGCGUUGAAAGCUGUUCAGCACAUGUCUUCCCCGGCCAUUCCGUCCACGUCCCCCAACCCGCUCUCAAGUCCUCACCUGUAUCACAAGCAGCACAGCGGCAUGAAGCUAUCCAUGAAAGGGUCGCACAGCCACGGCCAGGCCGGCGCGUGCGGCCCCGUGGGCAGCGGAGGCGUGCGGCCCCCCGUGGGCAGCCGGGGCCACCACCAGUACAACCGCACCGGCUGGAGGAGGAAAAAACACACACACACGAGGGACAGCCUGCCUGUCAGUCUGAGCAGAUAAUAGCCCGCGACGGCGCCUCCCGGCCCCCGCUCUCCACGGACUCACGCCGGGUGGCCUGGCGCCCGGCCAGGAACUGAGACCAGCACCCCGCACGCCGGCCGGGGCCCCCGGAGCGCCCACCGCUGAUCACUCUGCAUGUUCCUCGUGUGGUGGUCACGUCCAUCUUCCAGAACAGCUCCCUGUGC